AUGGCUGUGGGGUUGGCAGUAACAAGUGAAGGUGGGCAGUAUAAUGGCAGAGUAACAUUGUUUGUUGUCUUAUCUUGUAUGGUUGCAGCCACCGGAGGAAUUAUCUUUAGCUACGAUAUUGGAAUUUCAGGUGGAGUGACCUCUAUGGAGCCAUUUCUAAAGAGCCAACUGUUGACCUCCUUCACCUCCUUCCUCUAUGCUGCUGGCCUAAUUGCUUCCUUCUUCGCUUCACCAGUCACUACGGCCUUUCUCAUUGGUGGAGCUGCUUUUCUCACUGGUGCCGCCCUUGGUUGUGCAGCUUAUAAUGUAUAUAUGCUCAUAUUUGGCCGUGUUUUGCUUGGAGUUGGGGUUGGUUUUGCAAAUCAGAACCAUACCUCCAUUAUUAUAACUCACUAUUAUAGCACGGAUCUAGAGGCACUCACAACAACAUUAAGAGAUGAAGAAGAAGAAAGAAGUUAUGACAAACUGAAAGCAGGUAAGAAGGACAAAUGCUUUUGA